ACGAUAAUCAGGCAUCCACAAAACAUGACUAGUCAAACAAAGUUGAUGUUGAAGAAUCACACUGGUGAUCUUUGUUUCUUCCAGUACACUGGCAUUAGUUUGCCUGUCUUCUCAAUUGAUAUGUAAAAUUGUUCGGAGACACCGUUGAUGGACUCUUUUGAGGAGCUGGAGAUGGUGUUUAUAAGUGGUCCAUGUUUCACAAGCAUAUAGUAAGGUUGGUAGUACAAUAGCUUUGUAAACAAGCAUUUUGGUUUCCCUGCGAAUGUCCAAGUCCUCAAACACAUUGCACUUGCAGAGCUCAGGCAAUGCUGGAUUUCAGCAUCAAAGUCCGCCCUUGUGGAAAGAUAAUUGCCCAGGUAGGAGAAGUGGUUGACACUUUCCAAUGCUACAUCAUUGAGUUGGAUUUGUGUUGCUGCAGAGGGUUUAUUUGUGCUUGUUGGUGCAGCACUUUGGUUUCUUGGAUGUUGAGCGAUGGGCCAAGCUUUCCAUAAGCUUAUGUGAAGCUAUUUAGGAUGGUUUGAUACUAGGACUAUGUGUACUUUACCCAGUGGCAGGCCAGAGACAUUAACCUUUAUCUUACUCCAUUAUUGGGCUCCAGCCUUUCCUAUUCCGAUUAGGUUGUUACUUUAAAAGACAACUGUUCUAUUAAGUUGCUGAGUGGUUGCUUCUCCUAUCUCCUUUCAGAUGGUCCUUAAGAGUCGUUUGGAAGCAAUCCCACUUAAUAGGAUCUUUAAGGGCUUGAGUGGUCAUUUUGCGCCUUGGUUUCCUUCCUUGAAGCCUGCAUUGAGGUAUAAUCUUGAUAGCCAUCGUGGAAUGUAUUAAUCAGUGAUCUGUCCAUCAGUCGUUGUCAUAGCUCUGGUAAGGAGUACAUCGCGGCGAUCUUCAGCUCAGACAUACAGUGGUACCUUGGUUUACAACCAUAAUCUGUUCUGUAGGUCCAGUUGUAAACCAAAACAGGUUGUAACCCAAGGCGGGCUUUCGCCAAUGAGGCCUCCCCCCCAAUUGUUUGUAAUUAAAAAAAGGGUUGUAAUCCAAAAAAAAGGGACACGCACUUCCGGGUUUGAUGUGAUUGUAAUCCAAAAUGGUUGUAAUCCAAAGCGGUUGCAAACCAAGCUACCACUGUAGUCUAAGAGGUGCUAGUAGUUCAACCGUGGGUGCCUCCAUGAUAUUUUAAUAUUUUUUUGGUCGAAAUAGUGUGUUGGUAAUAACAAGGUUGUGUGCUGCAAAUAUAGUCAAAAGUAAGAUUCUGUUCUGGUUGCUGUUGCCAAUUCCUUCUUUCUCAAUAGAUCGAAAUCUCACCCAACUCUUGCAUUAAAUUCACCCAGGAGGAUAAUUUUAUCCUCCUUAGGCUUAUCUGUUAGGAUGGCAUCCAGCCGAUAAUUUUUUUUUUCUUUAAUGUUUUCAUUGGCAUCCAGUGCAUAAGCGCUUAAAAUAGUAGCCUGUUGGUUUUUGGUAAGUUUUAUUUGAAGGGUUGAAAGUUGCUCAUUAAUGCUGGUAGGGACUUCUGACAAGAGCUUUACAAGAUUGUUUUUGAUAGCAAAGCCUACCCCAUGUAUUUGACGUUCUUGUUCAGGUAGACCUUUACAGAAGAAUUUGUAGAGUUAUUUUUUAUUCUUUCAGUUGUCCCUCUCCUGUUCUUCGAGUUUCUUGAAGUGCUGCAAUAUCAAUGUUAAAACAUCGCAACUGUCUUUCAGUGAUGACAGUCCUGCAUUUGGGACGCUCAUUAUCUGUGUUAUCCAGCAAAGUCCAUAUAUUCCAUGUUCCAAAGUUCAAUUGUCUUUUACGACUGCUAAGUGGUGACCCCACUGGGUGCGGUAAUCCAGUCAGGGGAAAAAGUGAGGCAGACUAUGUUUAGGGCACCUUUUCUAGCCCCUCCACCUUUUUGGGGUGGGUAGAGUGGAUCGUAAACAGGACUGCUCAGUUGUGGAUACAGCUGCCGAGCUACUCAACUGCCUCAUUGAGUCAGAAUGACUGAAUCUGUAUCCACCGCCCAUGAGCUGGUUCAUGAUUAGGGGCUUCCAGAUUUCAUGGUCCUGCCUCUGUUACCAUUUGCAGAUCGUCAUGGGACUUUUUUGGGUUUGGGGUGGGUUUUCGGACGACGCCUGUGCGUGAAUUUGUUUUAUGUGUGUAAAUCAGUGCACGCUGACCAAUGCACAGUCUUCACAGUAAGGCUUUGUUCCGAUAGCACGAGUAUCACAAUGACCGGUAGAUUCUUAUCUGCUGCAGCCUUCAUCCAUCUUCACAGCUGUUGUAACAUACCGUUUGUUAUCUUCUGCCUGUUCUGCCGUUGAGAACUUCUUGGAUCAUUCUUUGUCUAGCUCCUCCCCUUUGACCUUACCACCUUAGGUGAGCCUGCUGGGAGUAGGAGACUCAGGAUGGCUUCGCUCACAAGCGUCAUGAUCCAGUGAGUGAGUGAUGAUCCUGCCCCAGCCUUAUCCUAUUCAACUCUCCUGGUCCACGGUUAGGUUAGCGCCGUGCUCCUUAGUCGCGGUGUCAUAUAUCAGCCCCUAGAGGGCGAUGGUGUCAUAGAAAGUCUGCAAUUACCACCCAUGUUUUAUUGUUGCAUUAGCACACUACAAGUAUGUGCCGUUCCAAAACCUGGCACUUCUCCGACUCCAAUGCAGAAACCAUCAUGGUGAAUGUCCGAGCGAAUCUGACCACCUUCUCUAUUCCCCUCUCUCUCUGCUCGGUUUGCUGCGCCGGGUAUGUAAACCUUGCGGUGGUGACCGGCUUGCCCGGGCUGCAUCGGAGACGAGGCAGCGAAUCGCAGAAGCCACGCUUCAGCUGUCAGCGUCGAUGUGAAUAGUGGGAAAACGGAGCAUGUGCAGAGCACCUUUCGCGCGCCCAUCUUGCCCCUGCUGAACAGCCAUUCUCUGCAUGCAACUGCUGUUUCCCACUAGGACACAGAUGAUCCUAUCUUAGGCUCUCACCAUGAGCAGACGAAUAUCCACAAGAUCAGUGCUGAGUGGCUGGAGGGGUGUGGCUAUUCUGCCGUGUUGCAGUGUCUAGCUUACCCAUCCGGAGGGCCGUGAGCUGCGAAGUAGUGAGGAGGCCUGGAUCCCAGCCCUGUCUCGGCCAGCGAGCUCACUGGGUUGCCUUGGGCAAAUCCGAUCUCCAUCGCACAGUCCCUAUCAGGAUUGUUAUGAGAACAAAGUAGGAUCCAUUCCUUGGGGGAACAGCGGGAUACAAAUGUGGACGGAAAUAAAAUAAAAAACAUUAUUUACGUGAAGCAAUGGUAAAGCAUGGAAUGGCGCUGUGUGUAUGAGAGAGACGUUAAUUAUGUGCUUCACAACUGAAGUAACAGACACGGCCGUCUAAAGGGGGCUGUCCCUAAAUCUGAAUCAACGCAGAAUUUAAAUUCGCCCAGCAGCCCCACCGCAAGAUUCCAACGAAGUAAGAACAAUUCUACUUGGUUUCAGUUUUGAUUGUGGGCUCCGGGUUUUCUACCCUACUUAGCGCCAGCGCUUCGCCCUAGCGCAAUCGCAAGGCGAACGCCAGGAUCUUUUUUUUUUAUAUAUAAAUAUAUAUUUUAUUAGUUGAAUAUAAGAAUAAUAUAUAAUCGAACACAAGCAAUCAAAUACACCCCCCCCCCCCAUUAGCGCCAGGAUCUUGAGAGCCCUUGUGCCGUCGGAGAGACGCCGCCGAGAUUUCUUUGGCCAAUGGGAAGAUGCGGAGCAGACCUGCUUUCUUCUGACUGGAGGCGCCGCUUCAGGGUCUUUCCGCCCGCAUCCAAUCCAGUUUCUCAAAAGGCGGGAAGGCUGCUGGGAAGCCGCCUCAUGCUGGAGGGCCAGUCGCUAUCAGGGGGUGGAGGAAAGGGAAACUCCCUCGAGUUCCCCGCCCGUGGCUAUAAGAUGAGGGAGCCCCCGAGAGAGCGGCUCCCUUUAGCCGUUGCCAUGGCCCUUCCUCCGGCCUCUCAGCAAGCGGGAGAAGCGGGCGGAGGUGAGGAAGAAGCGGAAAGUUCUGCUCCCUGAGCUCCCCAACUUGGCGCCGUCGCCUCAGGGCAAGGGGCUCCUUGUGCUUCGCGCCCGUGGGAGUUGUGGAGCGGGGCUAGUAGUAGCGUCAUGCUGGAGCAACGAUUGGCUCGCCUCAGCCCCGGCUCAAGCCCGCCCCAAUCCGCGCCUUCACCCUCUAGACCCGCGGGCAUUGCCUUUGCCGCCUCGUGAGUCGCUGGAGGUUCCUUGGCGAAAGCGCUUCGUUUCUUUCUGGCGCUUCGCAGAGCGGCAGCGUCGGCGGCGGAGAAUGCGAGCGAGCGAGCGAGCGCAGCUGCGCCGACUUCCCCGCGCGCCAGCCCGGAGCCAAGGUAAAUUUGCGCGCCCGCUCACCUGGACCACCUGGCAGCUUCUAGCGAGCGCCUUGUGGGAAGGGAAACUGGCAGUCCCUAAACCUUGGACUGUUUGUUGCCUACUCGACUCUAAAGUUCCUGAUGACUUGAUUUUUUAUUUAUGUAUUUAUUUAUUUGCAGUCCCGCCCCCCCCCCCUUUAAUCUGUCUCCAGUUUUCUGCUAGGACGCCGCUGCCUGCCCGACUGAAACCUAAUAGCUUCAUGCCAGGCUGGAUUUUGAGCAGGUGGGCCAGUGCCAAAAUGAAGAUGUCCUGAUGUGGAGAGCAACACCUGUUGAAUCUCUGCCAGGCAUCCAGUUAUAAUUGGACAGAAAGGUUCUGCCAGUAAAAACAAUGAAAUACAGAUGGCAGUCCUGUUGGGUUUUCAGGUUCAGUACUAAAGCAGUGGGUUCAGAGAGGUGAGGUCAGGUACUGGUGGAAAAUGAAGGCUUAGCUAUGUUGUGCCUAAUGAGACGUAAGUGCAAAUAACAGUAGUACAAGAAUGUGGUGUCUUACAGCACUGUCUAAGAAAGUUGUGGCCAAUAACUAUAUGUUGUUAUCAGUUUACUCUGUGCUGUUACUCCUUUGGUUGGCUGUGAAGGUGUCCAGCUUCUGAGAGGGUCAAGUAGCAAUCCAAAUGGGCAGGGUGCCCACAACCUCCUUUUAUGAUCCCUGUGAGGUAGAUCUUACUAUAUAGUUUGUGCCAUGCAAGAUUGCAGAAGGUGGUUGGUUACCUUGCCUUAAAUUCCACAAGCUAUUUUAUCCAGCAUCUGCUGUGACAAAGAACUGCCAACAGCACUUGCUAAUUCUGAACAUCUUUGACACUACAGCUGCUGUUGUGGAUUCAUCUGUCCUCUUAAGAAUGCAAAAGAAGAUUAAAAGAACGCACAGGGCAGGACAUCUUGAAGGGGGCAAUGCCUGCUCUGUUAAUUUCCAAGGGAGCUGGUGUUACUUUUAGCCUGCUGGGAACUUGGAACGGUCGAGCUGUGUGAUAAGGGGCAACUCUGCAACAAAGAGCAUCUGAGGUAAUGCCAUAGCAGAGGUGCUCAACACAGCUCAGACUUUAUGUGCGUAUUGAGACAGGCAACAUGAUAUUCAUUCAUUAGCAUCUGUCAAGCUGUGAAGCUAUGGUUCUUUGGCCCCUCUGUUGCAAGUACUCAUGUAGUGUAAAAGGGAGCCGAUUGCUCUCUGUAGUGUAGCUCUUUCAUUUUAACUGCAUCUCUCACCAAAUUAGCUAACAGCUCUUUUUUUCCUGCUUCUGCUCUAGAAGAAGGCAGUGCUAUGUGCUCUUGCUAAAUCCAGAGUACACAGAAUAUGGGCAAGGUGUUCUGGAGGAUCCUUUCCUUUCCAUAGAUCUUAACUAUUUGAACUUUCAUUUACUAUGAGCAAGGAAAGGAUGUUCCUCAAUCACAUCACCCUUGUCUAUUUCUUUAUACUGCUAUUGGUGAGCUUUAAUUUCAAAAGUAAGUUCAGGGAGUUGUCUUUAAUUGUUACUAAUUGUAUAUGCUUUAUUUAAAAACUAUGAUGGAGUGGAUAGUAGCUAGUUGCCUGUUUCCAACCAUGUGUUUGGAGUGUGACAAAAUAUUUGUGUCUGUUCUAUAAUUCAAUGUACUUGUCUUUCUCUGUAGACAUAACAAGUCAAAGACACUUAGGAAUGCUUAAACACCAAGGUGGUUGUUUUCCCAAUGAUAUGUUCUGCAUAGUUUCUUCUAGCUUCCCAGGUGUCCAUCGUAUACCGCUUUUUGGCAGAUGGUACGAUCGAAACAUAUUUUCCACCUUCAGUGAGGUCUCUAAAGGUCAAGAACUCUAAACAUCUAGAGCUGGAAUGGCAAAUGUGCAGCCCUUUUGUGUUGGACUCCCAUCAGCUCAAGCCAGCAUGACCAGUAGUCUAGGAUGUUGGGCGUUUAUUUCAUUUUUUUAUUUAUUCAUACAUAUUUAUACUUGUUUGUUUAUUUAUACUUUGCCUGGUGGGUGGGUAUGUCCCCUAUCAGUCAUCUGAUGUCAUCAUGGCAUCACCUGACUGACAGGUCAGUGGCCCCACCCACACGUCAAAGUUGGCCCUUAAAGUGGGGAUAGGGAAAUAAAGGUCAGACUCAUUGGGUCAAAAAUAAAUAAUUAGAAUGACUUCUAAUAAAUAUUCUGAUGUGUGACAGGAAUGCAUAUGGACAGUCUGGGUGUGCAGGUAGCAGUGUCACAGUGUGAGAACACGUUUAGGUUUCAUUACUGGUCAUUGGAAUGUAACUCUUUUUACAUAUGUGAGAGUUGCAGUCAAAUUGUGGGCAGGUGGUGCAUUUGACACUGUAUUCCAUCAUUUGCAGCCUUUGCAUCAACAGAAUUCCUAUUAUGAAGAGAUGAAAGAGCUUGAGUAGUAUAUUACAAGUGGUGGUUUUUUUUCUUCUUCCAGAAAUGACAGUUUCAUUGAAGCUUGUGCCAGACACAUUUCUGGUGGACUGUGCUUGUGGAAUUUUUAACAAACUUUCCCCUUGACUCAUGGUUUCUCAAAAGAAGCAAAAGGUUGGGGCUUUACCAAUGUGCUUGUUUUAUCCAGGCUGAGGAGUUUCAGAUAUUGCAGGGUAAUAAUAACAUGUAUGCAAGAUACAAGUCUAUCAGUAACUCGCUUUCUCAAGCCAAAACUGACUGUGGUUCUUCUAUUAAAUUCCAAGGAUGAGAAAUAUUGGCCACCACCACUCUUAGAAUUAUUAGGUAAAUUGUAUUACAUAAUAAAAUUUGGGAAAAUAUUUUUUGUUCCACACAAACUUUCAUUAAAAACUUAUGCUUUGGGGCAUGUUCUCUGAUUCCUCAUGUUGCUAAUUGCUCUGAAAGCCUUUUGAUGUCCUGUUUCCCAGCAGAGGAAAAAGGAAAGUAGAAGCAAGCUGCAUUGCAGAAAGAAAAAUAAGAAUCUCUGGAGUCAUCUUCUGCAUGCACGCUAUCACAUACUUCCAAUUACCUUGUGUUUAGACAUGCAAAUCAGGAUAUUUUAUCGGAUGAAGUGAUUCAUUUGACUGUGAGGCGUGUGGCCUGAGAAGGAUUGAACAUUAAAUAUAAACAUUUGCCAGGUUUAACAGUAAUGCUAGAAGGAUUUUGAUACUCUGAAAUGUGGAUGGCUAUUUUUUUUUUUUUUUGGCUUGGGGCCAGAUUGAGGGUUCAUCACCCCUCUGAGGCCCAUGUGCAUGCAUGUGUACAUGUGCAGACUUGCACACUCAAAAAGCACACACACAGCUUACACAUAUGUGUGUGUGGUGGUGGAGGAGGACAAGCAGUGCACAUAUACAUAUACUUUGGCAGAAUGGGGGAACAAGCAUCCUGCACACAUCUACACCUGGAGGAGAAAGGGGGACAGACUCAAAAACACACACACGCACAGAGUCAUAUACUCGCUCCUUCCCCAAUGCUUCCCUGGGGGCCAAAGCACAGGUCUGAGAGCAAUCCUAGUAAUAUUUAUUCAGAAGUCAAUCCCAUUCUAUUCUUUCAAGUGGACUUGAGUGUUGCCUCUGCAGUGUAGCAUUUUAGUUGCACAAAAGCCAGCUAGCAGCUGUUCUAGCACAAUGCAUAGGCACAUGUGUGAACAGGAGCUGGUUAAAACAGUGACUGCCAACCUUUUUGACCAGUGGCACAUUUCAAAAUUUGAGAUAGUGUUGUGAGCACCAGUCACAAAAUGGCUGCUGUGUGGGGCAUAGCAUAACACAAGUACAGAAAUUACAUCUUCUCUUCCUCCUGAGUCCCUUGGUUAGGGGUUCCAAUGAAGGCAUUUGUGGGUGCCACGGCACCCAUUGGCACCAAGUUGGUGACCCCUGGGUUAGAGAGUAAGGUUAGAGCAAUUACUCUCUAGUACAGAAAGUUAGAAGGAAGGAAAGAGAGGAAAUUGAUGAUUGAUGAAGUGGCCAGCCAAGUGUGAUGGAAGGAAGAGAGAGAACAGGAAGGAUGGAGAUGAGGUCUGAGUAAUCACUGUUAUUUUCUUCACUGGGUUUGUUCCAUGACAGAUCAACACAAUAAGGAAGGUUAAAAAAGAAGAAGAGUGUCAGUAGUCCUUCAAGGUAGUGACAAACAGGUAUGAUGCACUCUAGCAAAGUUAUGAACAUAAAGUUACAGAGAGAAGUAGAGGUGAUAUCUUAUGAAUACUUUGGCUGGCACCCAUUGUCCUAAUCAAUUGAAGACAUCAACUUUUGGCAUAUGCUUGUUGGGUCUUGCUAUAAAUAUCUCUUGAUUCCAAGCCAAAAAUGAUGUAGCUAGUGCAAGCCAGAUAUAAAACAAUAAGGGAUUAAUAAAACUGUUCAGUAUCGUGUCAUAUGAGGUCUCUCCAAUAAAAACACAGCAGUGUUUCCAAUUCUUUUGGCUCAGUUUGACCUGUUUCCAUUAAAAUAAUUGAGAACUGAUUGUCCAGUCUCCCCGGGUCCUAGAUCAACUUUUUUUAAGUUCAGUUAAGUUCAUAUAUCUAUAUAUUUAACUUAAGUAUUUAUCUGUCAAUUAAAAAAAGCUUUCAUUUAAUAUUAUAUAAAUUUAAUAUACUAGUAAUUCAGUCCCAUUAGUGGAAAAGGCAGGGCAUAAAUAAAUAUAUAAUAAUAAUAAUCACCUAGUAAACACUAACAAUAGCUAGUGACUUACAGCAUGUGUUCUGGGAAAAGAGAAAGUUAAAAUUACCUAUUAAAUUAGUAAAAGUCUACCAUCAUGGCAGGUGAUAUGUGUGUGUGUGUGUGUGUGUGUGUGUGUAUGUGAAAAUAAGAAAAUAAGCUCUGUUUUCACAUACAGACACAUACAGAGCCUUCAUCAAGUGAUCCUUUUUUGUGGAAGGGUCAGUGAGUAUAGUGAUGGAUCUGAAGGCGCCCCACCCCCCGAAGGAUCCCUUGCUGAAGGCUGCUCACCCACACAAUGGUCUGGUCCACACAUAAUUUAAAACCAUAGUUAAACUAAAACUUAAAUGUGAAUGUACAUCAUGCCGGUGCUCUUUGCUGAAACCACAGGUGGCUCACACUUCCUUUGUUCCUGCUUCACUGUUGGGAAACAAUACAUGAUCUGAAUUAGCAUUUACUGUAUGCAUAGUCCACCCCCCAAAACCUGGGUGCAUAGUCCACCCUCCCCAAAUCGCCCCAUGAACAAACCGCAGGUGUAAGCCAAACUUUAGUCACCACUCAUGGGCCAACUGUAAUCAUGAAAAUUUUUUAAAUUUUUCUGGGCUUUUGGGGGCGGGGGCGGGGAGCUGCAUCUGAAUUUUUGCCCUAGUCAAAAGUAGUUUAACUAAAUAUUUGAAUAGGUUGGGUGGUAAGUAAAUGAAGCACCGUUAAGUGUUGUUGGCAUCCAUCUCUCUUGAGAGACAAUGGAGUGCGCUUCCAGGGGUGAAGUCAAACAGCUGGAGAUUCACAGUUCUUGCUGGGGCUGCAGAAAUUGGCAACUCAUAACUUCUGCCUCCUGCAUUGUUUUUACUACGUUACCAGCAUCAAUGUGACCUCUUUGACAUGCAAGCCCGGACCUUGUGUGGAGGUCCUGGGCUGCCAAGACAACAAGACCACCUUGUUUUGAGUACGUAGCUUGGUGAAACAUGUUUGAAGUCUGUGUGUCCCUCUGAAGGCUCUCAAUCCGCUGUUCACAAUCACUGAUGUAAAAUCUGUGAUGGAAAUUUCUGUUUUUGCUCAUCUUUCCUUGGUAGUGCACGGUUGCUUACUCAUGUUAUAAAUAUCUUGUUAAAGUAUCCUUUGGAUAACUUAGUGAUUGUUUUAUUUGGGCAAUUUUUCCAUAGUGACUUCAUACAGAAGUUGCAUUGAGCCCUGUGAAAUUAGAAUUAUGAAUAUCAUAAAAGGUUGUUGAUAAGGACUGUAUUUGAAGAAUAUAUUCUGUGCUAUUUAUACUUUUACUGUGACUUGAAAAAUAUUUUUUCAGCACAUAGUAUGCAGUAUUAAAGUGAUGAAUUGUGAGAAGGGCAUUCUUAAUAAAGUUUGAAUGAAUAAUGUCGACACUUGUGAUUUUUAUAGUUUAUUUUUAAACAUUUACCGUUAUGUUUGUGGUGCCACGAAGGAACACAUAAAUCCAAUGUCAUUCUAUGGCAUCUUUUAGAUUGGUGUGGAUAAAGCUUUGGCAUAUUUGCAAAUUGGAAAAAUUAUUGUAGGCAUCACACAUACGCUGUAGCCACAUCUUAUUCUAUUUCCUAUUGACUGCAAUAAAAUGUUGUAUGUGCACCUAUGAGUGACAUAUUUGUGACCCCUGCUCCAAGUAGCCUGUGCAUAGUGGGCGAGUAGACUUGUGCUUGCCCAACCAGGUUGUGGGGGAGAUCCCACCCAGAUUCUCAGAGGGUUUGAAUCUGGUCAAACGUCUCAAAACGUCAGUUUUUAAAUUACCGCGAGGCUUAAGAAAAUGCCUCCACAUUUAUGUAUCAAUGCUUGAAAACACUGUACCUGAAAACUGAGGGUCCUGAGAUGCACUUACCUUGAAUUCUCUCUUCUUCCAUCCUAUUUUUUUCCAGAUGGGUUCUUACUUUGUGAAUGCAACAUUUCAUUCCAAAAUAACUGAAGCAGCUGAUAUUAUUGUUGGAAUCUUCUAUAUUAUAUUUGGUAAGAGUGAUUGUUUGAUAUUCUCUACAUAUGAUUGUGAUAUUCUCUGCAUAUGAUGAUGAUUGUAUUUCACAUUCUAGAAAACAAAAGAAGAUUUUAUAACUGUGUCUCUGGCAUGUGUGUGAUACUGUUUAACUCCUUGGUCCACAUGACCCAGGAAGCUGUUUGUGGACAAAUGCUGGCUCCCUCAUCCUGAAGUGAGAUGAGCGCCACACCCCAUAGUCGCCUUAAAGGUAAAGGUAUCCCUGCCCGUAUGGGCCAGUCUUGCCAGACUCUAGGGUUGUGCGCUCAUCUCACUCUGUAGGCCGGGAGCCAGCGCUGUCCGCAGACACUUCCGGGUCACGUGGCCAGCGUGACAAGCUGCAUCUGGCGAGCCAGCGCAGCACACGGAACGCUGUUUACCUUCCCGCUGGUAAGCGGUCCCUAUUUAUCUACUUGCACCCGGGGGUGCUUUCGAACUGCUAGGUUGGCAGGCGCUGGGACCGAACGACGGGAGCGCACCCCGCCGCGGGGAUUCUAACCGCCGACCAUGCGAUUGGCAAGUCCUUUACCUUACCUUUUACCCAUGUAUCUGUUUUCUCAUUCCCGGCCCAGUCUGAGCUUUAUAUUGCUUAUGUGUGCUUUGGUAGUAGAUGCAAAGGCUGUAGGUGACACAAUCUGAAAUAUAACCCAUCCAGAAGGUGGCCACAUUUUCCUGUGUGAAGUACAUAUGGAACUGGACAAGCUGCUAGAGGGGAGAAUCCAACUGUAGUAUAUAUAGACUGGAGGCCUCUGCUAGACUUGGACCCCAGCAAACCUGGAUUCAGAUUUCUGUUCAGCUGUGAAUUCCUGGGACAGCAAUGGGCAAAUUACAGUCUGAGUUUCGCCCAUCAAUACAAUGGGAAUUUUAGUGACUUGCUUCACAGUAUUGUAGUUGGAAUGCAUAAAGCAGUAUGCAGAAUUUCAUUUUUUAAAUAAGUAAGUGUAAUAAAAUAAUUACAUUUGCAUUGGUUUAAAUUAGUUUAAAUUGAGUUUUUUAUUAUUGUAUUUCCUUAUAUUUUACACUCCAUUUUUACACAGAAGCAUCAUGGAACCCAAGGUGAAAUACAUGUGGUUCCAAGGAGGUCUCCCAUCAUCUAACCACACUUGCUUAGCUUCAAUAAGGUGGUGCCUUCAUGUGCCAUCAGACCUUUAGAGACUGAAGUGUUUUCUAGUGAAGGAAAUAAUCUUUAAGUAAUGACAAUAUAGGGUCUUCUGCUUCUUUGAAGACUAACAAAUGUAUUAUAGCACAAGCGUUCAUGGACUAGCACCCAUUCCAUCAGAUGCAUGACGUGUAAUCCUCAAUUGGUAGGCAUAGAUACACAUGGGUGUUAAGGUGGGGGAAAAUGUAGAAGUUGGAGUUAAAUGAUGAUAUAAUGCACAAAGUACACAUUGAGGUUUUCACAGACAUAUUGAUGUGUUGUGGGAAGCAGUGUUUUAGCUGAACUUUCACAGAUAAAGAACACAGAUUACAAUUACUGUGGGAAUAAUGUUUAUUGUUUCCUGGCAAGCUAGCAGAAAUUUAUAUUGGACUUUACUGAAUCUGAAUCUGGUGACUUUCCUGGCAAAUCAACUAACUCAAGUACUUGAUGAACUAAACAUUAAGACUAAAUAUCUCUGAGACAGUCCAGGACAGGGACAGCCAAUGUGGUACCUUCUAAAUGUUGCCAAAUUGCAAUUUGUAUCAUUCAACAGCAUUUGGAGGGCACCACAUUGGUCACCCCUGGCCUAGGUUCAUAGCGUUUUAGGGCCAAAUCACAUGUGACUUGGGAUCUUUUGGCGUGUGUUCUUUAAAACAGGCACAGGGAGUUCCAAAUUUAAUUGGAAGAGAGGUGCUGAGAUAUAACCUGUUUUGCCUUUUCCUCUAUUUAGUUUCUCCAGUGUUGUGCCUCAAAAGCUGUUCUUACCCUAUUUUACAGAAACACAAAGAUAUAGCAUAAUACCUUUCCAUAUGGUGCAUCUGUGCACAAAAGAAGAUGGUAGCCAUUAUGGUUCAGAGGACUGAUCUGGAUGUGAUAUAUUUGCCUUUAGCUUUGAGCUCAAUAGCUAGGUUAGCUGCGGUCAUCAUGAAAACCUGAUUGGCAAUAUAUAAAAAGCUUGAGUGGCUUUUUAGCAUUUUGUGGAGUGGGCUGCAGUCUGGGUCAGCUUAACUUGAACUAAAUUUGGUUCAUGGUAAGGUGCCAUUAGUUCCCUGCUGCCUUGUUUUAUGUCGAAAUUUUUCUGUACAGAUAGUAUACUUUUUAUUAUAUGGUUCAUAUUCAUUAAUUUUUACAAAGUGCUCAACCACUUUGGAGGCGAGGGUGAUAAGAAUCAACUGGCACUGAAGGAAAGAGAACAAUUUGGAAAUCAUGCUGCAAAAUUACUAUUUUUUGUAAAAACACCUAUAUAAAAAUCAUGAUUAGUCAUCCUUGUAUGCUUUUCCCUUUAAAGCCACUGGAGAAAGGGACAACAUGCUACUUUCACGCAAAGUCAAAAUGCGAAUGAGAGUGAAAACAGUUAACCCUUUUUUGUUUUGUCCUACAGGCAUAUGCUCCUUUUGUGGGAACAGUAUCCUCCUCUAUGUUUCCUACAAGAAAAAGAACAUAUUGAAACCAGCAGAGUACUUCAUGAUCAAUUUGGCCAUCAGUGACCUUGGUAUGACUCUGACCUUGUACCCUCUAGCUGUUACAUCCAGCCUUUCACACAGGUGUGUUCAAUGUGCAUCCACUGAAGUUCUCUGUUAGUAGGAAACAGUAACUAAACUUUUCUUCUUCCACAUUUUUUUAUUACUAUAGUGAUGAAUAAUUCCAAGGGCUGAGAAAAGCAGUCUUUCAAGCUGCUGGCAGUAAUUAGUAUUCUGAGCUGCACAACACUGUGGUCACUUAGGAUACCUUUGGGGGGAAAGUUGCAUUCAUUCAGUACAAUUACUCCACCUGGUUUCCUAAUUUUCGGUGGAAGGAAUAACAAAAGAUCCAGCUUCCCUUUCUACAGUAAUACAUGUCAUUGUUACUUAGUUACAAAUGAUUUUUAUUUUUUUUACAGAGUGAAAUUCAGUUACAAUUGAAAUGAAAGGAAUACAUUAAUGGAAUUGCUUAUGUUUCUUUUUCAAGGUUAUGUGUUCUGACGCUCAUGACCUCAUCAUGAAAACUGCUGUAGCCACUCCCCAGGGAUAAUCCCUAGCCAUGCCUCCAAGGAGUUGUGUGGAUCCAUUAUACACACACACAAGUGCAAUUAUACAUUGUUACCUGGGAGUAAGCUCCAAUGACUGCAUACAUUUAACUUGUACAGUGGUACCUCGGGUUACAGAUGCUUCGGGUUACAGACGCUUCGGGUUACAAACUUCGCUAACCAGGAAGUGCUUGCUCCAGUUUAAGAACUUUGCCCUAGGAUAAGAAAGGAAAUCGUGAGCCAGUGGCAGCAGAAGGCCCCAUCAUCGAAAGCGUGCCUCAGGUUAAGAACCGUUUCAGGUUAAGAACGGACCUCGGAAAGAAUUAAGUUCUUAACCCAAGGUACCACUGUAAAACACAUUGAGCUUUAACUAAAAAUAUUUAUCCAGCAGAAAUAAAACUUUUAGCUUUUAAUUUGAAAUGCAUAAAAAGGUAAAGGACCCCUGACAGUUAAGUCCAGUCAUGAACGACUCUGGGGUUGCGGUGCUCAUCUCACUUUACUGGCUGAGGGAGCUGACGUUUGUCUGCAGACAGUUUUUCCGGGUCAUGUGGCCAGCAUGACUAAGCCACUUCUGGCAAAACCAGAGCAGCGCACAGAAACACCGUUUACCUUCCUGCAAGAGCAGUACCUAUUUAUCUACUUGCACUUUGAUGUGCUUUUGAACUGCUAGGUUGGCAGGAGCUGGGACCGAGCAACGGGAGCUUACCCCGUCGCGGGGAACCCCGACCUUCCAAUCAGCAAGCCCCAGGCUCAGUGGUUCAGACCACAGCGCCACCCGCAUCCCAGUUGAAAUGCAUACAAUUUUGCAAAUAAGUGUUACUGUUUAAAUUACUGGUAGAAAAGUAGGAAUUCCAUCAAAGAAAAAGAAAGAAGCAUCCAGCAUCUGCUCUGUUAUUUUCCUCAUUAUCUGGCUUCCUCUAUGCUAUGCUUGUCACAAAGAAAUGUAAAAGCCUCAUUACUGUCUCAUUCACUUGCCAGAGCAAGGCUUCUCUUAAUUACCUGGCACUCUUGCAGAUGGUGACAUCAGUCCUGCUUUGAAAAAAAGUCAGAGUUGUGCUCCCCAGUAUUCCCUGCCAUUAGUUGUAAUUGUAAAUCUUUUGCACAGCCUAUGAGUGGUUGAAAAAUCCCCCCUUGUACUCGGAAGAUUUGAACAGUUGCUCAUGCCACUUUUGACCAGCUCUAGGUACUCUUGGGGGAGAUCAAUUUCAGUCAGGCUUUUGGCACUGAGACUUGGAUGGUCUAUGUCAGGAGAUAGACACAGAUUUAAGAGUUCAUCUUUGGGACUCAAGUUGAUGGGGGCAAUUAGUACAAGGUAGAUAUUAUUAUUAAUAUGGCUUAUUAUAAAAGUAAUUUUCUUUAAUUUAAAUACCUCGUUCUUCUAUGUACUGCUGUCAAAAUGGGAAGGGGCCCAGUAAAGUAUCUGAUGACAGGGUGUCAGGACAAAUAAGCAAACAAUUGCAGUACUCCCAUAACUUGUGUGAGAGAGCAUUACACUGGAGUUUCCUUUUCUUUAGACUUCAGUUCUCUCUCAAUAUGUAAGAAUAUUAAAUCUGCACAUCCACAAUUUUCAAAUGUGCCUUUUCUCCACCCAACUUCAAGCAGCCAUUUUUCAAGUUAAAUGGUAUCAAGCAGACACUACUUGCCAGUGAUACAGGCAAGAUACUGAACGCUUUUAUAGAAUGGUGUGUUAUUUCUUUAAUGAGUUUAUAUAUUGGUCAGAAUCCUUCCAGAUGCAUGCUGUGUUUUCAGUUAUGUUUUUAAAAUAUGAAGCAACAUAAUUUCUUUCAUGGGAUGGUUACAAGCAUUUACGUGCAUUAAUUUUUUAUAGACAAAUAAAGAUACAUUAAGGUUCCUCUUGGCUCAGAAUGAGCAUGGACUAUAAUCAGUAUUGCUAUCUCAGUACAGUAGUGACCCUUGAAAGUUACUUUUGAAUAUAUGACUGAGAAGAGUAUUUUUUGAUAUUAAUAACUGUUUCAUUUUUCUUCCUAGGUGGUUAUUUGGCCAACAGGUUUGCUUGUUCUAUGCAUUUUGUGGAGUAUUUUUUGGAAUCUGCAGUCUGUCUACACUAACAUUACUGAGUACUGUGUGCUGCCUAAAAAUUUGCUUCCCAACUUAUGGUAAAUAUAUUUUUUUCUUUCCUUCUGCACAAAUUUAGAAGAACCAAGAGUUAUGCAACACUAAUUUUGGUACUAAAUGCUUUGGCGAGGUUAUCAUUGUGGCAGUUCUAGUAUGGCCAUUGAGUCUCAGGAAACGGAGUGCUAGGGAGCAUGAUCUCUCUCUCUUUCUCUGUCUUUCUUUCUGUCUCUCUCUCUGUAGAAGGGUUCCCUCCUUUUUGUGAAUUAUGCUGUUAUAACGUGCAUUGGAGGGCUGUUGAAUAGCAACACAAUGUACAUGUCAUGACAGAACAUAAUUACUUGCUUACUAUGUAUAGGUCAGGGAUGUUCAACAGGUUAUUUAUUAGACCUGAGCCCCUAAAUUAACAAAUAAUUUCUCCCUAAAAAAAGCUCAACCAAAAGGGGUAGAUCACUGCCAGAUUUUAAUCAUGUGAGUAGAUUGUAGUCUCUAGGAAGUUGGAUGUCCCUUGUAUAGGCCAACCUGGGUUGCUUUGUUCCUUUGGUUUGGACAUAACACUAUGUUUUGCUCCUCACACUGGUCAUGGUUGGUUUGAGUAACUAUUGGGUUGGGCAUACUAGUUGUAGCUAAUGAGAGUUAGAAUCCAAUAAAUUCUGGAAGGCCAUAAGCUAGUCACCACUUCUCUGUAGACAAUAAACAGAGAGACCUGUAUUUUGAUUUGUAGACUUAAAACCAGCUGCAGUAUUAUUACAAGCAACAUCUCACCCAUGUAUCUUAAAUGUGAAUAUUUUGUAUUUCAGGGAAUAGAUUUAGGAGAGAACAUGGUUGGAUCUUGAUAGGAUGCAGUUGGGCCUAUGCAGCCAUUUUUGCCCUUUCCCCACUGGCUCACUGGGGAGAAUAUGGAGCCGAACCUUAUGGUACAGCAUGUUGCAUUGACUGGUAUUCAUCAAAUAUAAACACAACAGCAAUGUCUUACACGAUUGUCCUUUUUGUCUUCUGUUUCAUUAUCCCCUGUGGAGUAAUUGUUACCUCCUAUACUCUUAUUCUGAUUACGGUGAAAGACUCCAGAAAAGCAGUGGAGCAACACGUCCUGGGACCCACCAGGAUGAGCAACGUGCAGGCUGUUACAGCCAAGGUAUUUAAAAAGCCGUGUUCUUUUUUCUUCACCUAUUGAUUUUCACGGUUUUUUAAAAAGUAUUUUAUUGCUUUUUCACAUGUAAUAAACAUAAUUCAAAGCCCCAUAAACAACAACAAUAGCAACUAGUCUGCCAUUUCUUGGGGAAAGGCAUAGCAGCAGCUCAAAAUCAGAAACAGUUUAUAAUGCAUAUUAAAUACUCUAAUUUAAUAGGUCUUGCCAGAUGUUUCCAUGGAUCCGUUGAGGUUGUUUCAAUUGAUCAUAGUAGGGAACUGUGGUUUAAAGAGAUCAGGAUCAAAGUGCUGAAGCCAGGGAUCAGGGGAGGGCACAGCUAUUGAGCCUGGCACUUGUUCCCUGCUUAAUAAAAUGGGGUUCUUUUAAGCCAGGAAUGAUAGGUCUGACUCUCUACUCUAGAUAUGAAACUUUGCUGAGACUCUGCCUAGCUCUGCAGGGGAAAGAAACAAAGCAUGCUUUGCCAAAAGAAUUUAAACUUAGUCCUUAGUCUAAUGGGUCCAACAGGCUCUUGCGCUCACCCCAAAAUUACUAAUUGCCUGAGCUAUACAUAGUCAAAAGCAAAAUCCCAUUGAGUUCAACGAGGUUUACCCUCCAGUAAGCAUGCAGAGAACCCUAAGUCCAGAAUAGCAGUGAUGACUAAACCACUAACUUCUGCACCCGUUCCCACUUUCUCUUUCCCCUGUCAUGAAGGGAGACAAGUUGCCCCUUGCCCCUCUCACAGUCUCUGCAGUUCAUGAAGAACUUGGAUGGGGGAGAGAGCUUAUCAGAGGGGAGGACACUCUUGCCAUUGGCAUUCUAGCAAGGGGAACAGAUGAGACCUUUUUCUACUACUCUGCAAUUUGGGUCAUGGGAAUAACAUACAGGACUAGUCCCAUGACUAAAAAUCAAAAUGUGGGGGAAUCAAUGCAGGCUAUUUACAUAUUUUAUCAAAAUGGAGACAUCCACAAUACAACAAACCAGUUUUAAUGUAGUUUGUUGUGGUAUUAUACUUUCCUUUAUACAUAUUUGUUGACUCUAAAUCUGAUUCAAAUUAAAAAUUUACAUGGCAGCAUUUUGGAAAAUUAGAUUAGGGAAAUAAUCCUUCAGAUAUCUUUGUGUCUCUACCUCUUUACUGAGGUGGUACUAAAAUGUAAGAAAACUAAGUUAGAAAAUGUGUAUCUUCUGGAGACAAAUGGACGGAGAUUGCCCUGAUGGGACAAAUCUGACGUUUUUGCAAGGACAUUCUAGGGAGGAAGUUGUUUAGCUUUUGGGCUGCUGGCUCAGUCAACAUUUCAGGAAGGCCGAGAUUAUUCAGGAUCAGACCAAUGGUAGCUAGAAUCUUAAGAGUUGCUUAUGGGUAAUUUACAAACCAUUUGCUCAGCUGUAGUUCCACUGAGAUCAAUGAAGCCACACGAUUCUAUAUAGCCUGUAAAUUAUGGUGUGUUUUAGGCAAUGAAGCUCUUUGCCGUAUAUCACAGCACCAUAACUUGUUUGCCAGAAGUGUUAAGUGCAAUAUAUCAUCAAAGUACAUUUUAGAUGCAAGGUUCAUUGUCCUGUUGAUUAAUGCCUGCAGAGUUUCUGUUUAAUGAUUGAACAAUCAGAGACUACAUCGAUUCUGGCCUGCAAUCUGUCAAUGUGUUCACUGUUAAUUCAUGCAGUCUAUAGAACCUCCAUCUUUCUGUUAUUAUGCUGCUAGCAUAGUACUAUUGUACUAUCUAAUGUCAUGGAGGAGGUAAGCCUUGCUGCAAGAGGGGAAAACUUAGUUCAUUUUGUAUUCUUCUGAAUCUAGUCCAACAUAUAUCAUGUAUUUAUCAAUGGAGUGGUAAAACUGAUGACCAGAUUGCUAAACAGCUUUUGAUUUAAAUUCAGUCCUAAAGCAAUCUUUAGCAGUUAGUCUCUCCCAUUUUAAAGGCUACAUGAGUAUAUUUUAGAAAACAAAUAUAAAAAUAGAUGCAAUUUGUGUAAACUCUGCAAGGGUGAAGGCAGGAGGAAAGGGUUUGUCUUGCUGUAGGCCCUGUCAAGUAGGAGCCCAUGAUAAUCUCACCAAAUAUACACAUCUGUUGCAGCAAUACUAGUUUAACUUAGGGAAAUGUCCUAUCAUUAACUGUCUCCUGGACUCAACAAGUCACUUCCCUUUAGAAGUGAUAAGUUGUACUGGAAUAUAGGCUUGAGCAUACCAGUGGCAGGGUGCCCACUCACUCCAAGCACCCUGUCGCUAUCCCCAGGCUGCAUAAGCAAAGCAUCAUAAUUGCCAUCUAGUCUUCCUGAUGUGGUCACUGGUGCUGAACAAGUUGGUUUCCAUGGCUGCUGUGCACUUAUGUUGACAGCCUUUUGCCUUUAAUGGAAUCUGUGGAUAGAAGAAGCAAGAGAAGAGGGCUAUGAUAUUCUGAAAUUAUACUGAAGCAUGAACAGGAAUUGUGUUUGGCACUGAGUUUCCUGUCUAAGAAUAAAGAAUCCAGUUCUUCUGACUUCUGUUCCUAAUACUUUUCAUGGUGCCAAAGACUGCUUGUUGGUCCACAUUUUACACUUGUGGAAAUUUUGGCUUGUAAACAGGAGUCUUACCAGCUUUUACACUAAUGCUAGAUUUAGGGUUGGUGCUAUAACCAGACCCUUGAUUUUCUAGUACCUGGGCUUGUAGGAAUCUUAAAAAUGUUAACGUUUCAUUAAAGUUCAUGGGGAAGGGAAUUAGUGCUCACACCUGGAUCUCCAAGCUGAAGUUUGCCUUGUGCCACCCACUGAGAUGGAGGGAGCCGCCUUGUUUCUAUGGCCAGUGUAGUAGCAUACAUGUCACUCUAAUUCAUAAUGUGGCCUCCAUGCUCCAGCAGUUUUGGCCCAAUUGGAAGUAAGCAUGGGCAGGCCAGAAGUGAUGUUUAUGGCCUGCUCACUCAGGAUGAUCUUGUCUCUCAUGCCAGGCCAUAAAGGGGAAGAGUGACAAUAGAGUGAUAGAGACACACCAGGGGUGUGGCGUUCAUUGUACCUUCCCCCCAGUGCAUUCUUCAAUGGAGGAGUGAUUGGAAUCAGGUGUGCAUCAUGCUUUAUUAAAAGCGAAUGUAGGCAGAUGAAAUCUGGACUCGCUUGUUCGGGGGGGGGAUGACUUGCCAAGCCUCCUUUGAAGAAAGAUUGGGACUCACUGAGUGCAUUCUUAGGACCUCCCCUUCACCCCUAGGAGGAUUGUGACAGCAGAUAAUGGUGGGGAGGUAGCCUGUGAUUAACUGCAGCUGAUCAAUCUUUUAAUCUGUGAGAGCUUUUAGCUCCACUAAAAAGAACAGAUGCUGGCACUAUGAAAUAUGUAUAGGUAAUUGGUUGUCAAAGCAAAUGAUUAUAUAUCCUUGCUUUAUUUAUAGUCGCAACCAAUAUUCUUAAGUGCUAAUAUAAAAAAAGAACCUUCCUAUUUCAGAACUAUUAUAUACCCCAUUUGAUAAAUGCUUCCGAAAAAUGGAGGAGAGCAGCAGGAGAUAAACAGAGCAGAUAUGCUGGCUUUGAUGUUGACAUUCUCUUGAUAUUAUAAAGCACAUUUAUAGUGGAGGUGAAAUGGUCUUUAUUGGCUUUUAUCUUUAUUGAGCCUCACAAAGUUGUUUGAAGCUUUGCAUAUGCAUCCAGAAGUGGAAGCAGGUAUGGUAAAAGUGGACCUAGCUUGUAUGGCCAAUGUUCAGGGAUGAUGGGAGUUGGCGUCCACAGCAUCUGGAGGACCCAACAUUGGCUACCCCUGCCAUAAAGACUAAAAUAUGAAGCACCUUUUAAGGAUCACCUCAAUUUUUGAGGCUUUGUGACUGGUGCUUCUUUCCUCUUCCAUUUUUGGACUGAAUGUAAGAUUGCAUGAAAUGGCAUAAUUCUUGAGUGCUUUGUAACGGUCAAAGUGUUGGGCAGGAUGCAGCAACAAGGCAAUUUAAGUAAAGACUUAAGUUGCCUCAAAUAAAGAGUUUGCAUACUCUCUGAACUCUCUCUCUCUCUCUGUGUGGGUGUGGGUAUGGGUAUGUGAAUGUAUGAUCAAAUGUAAGAACACCACUUUUGUGAGCAUGGAAAUGCUGUUUGCAGGCUGACUGCUUCCAGGUUUUAACCUUGGAAAAUGGAAGAACCAUUGCUAUGCUUUGGUAGCAAAGCCAUAGUGUUUGUUUUGUAUGAUGGGAUUCCUAUUGCACUAGCAGAGGGGAAGAUAUGGGACCUGAGCUAUGCAGCCAACUGCAGAGACUGUCUCAGUUCUCCUGCUGUGGAUCCAUCAUUGAAGUGUGAAAUCAUUUUUAAGCAUGCUUUUAUUGUUAGUGCUUUUAUUGUUAAAUCACUUCAGGGUAUAGGAAGCAACCAAUAAACUCACAAAUAAAACAAAUAAGAAUAGAAAUAAUAUCUAUUUUGUCUGCCAUUUAGCUUGCAAGAUGCACCUGGAUCUCCUUGACUAUGAUUGGAUGCUAUGCUCUUUGAAUAUAUUCAUAGCCAUUUGUAGCCUAUUUGCAAUCUUGGCUGCCCAGUGUAGGUUAUAAACUCUUGGGAGGGACCAUAUCACAAAGUCUAGGGGACUGAAGGAGCUAAAUGCAUGUUUAGUAGCUAUGGCCACUUGGUUAUUGUGGUGGCAAGUAUGCAUGUGGAAAAGGGCCAAGUAUUAGACAAAUCUCCACCAAAUGAAUUCAUCUGGUUAACAUUAUUAAAAACAAAGCACAUCUUAUUUAAAACAAUAAAGCCAAUGAGAGUAUAAAUGAUGACACCGUAAUUGUUAGAACUGCAAACUGUAAUUAAAUAGACUAAAAGCCAAACCAGAUCUGUUAAUGGCCCUGAAAUUGACUGACAGUCAUGUCAUCACUCCUAGGCAGUUGUUGCUUGGAGGUGGGACAGUGAAUUAGGCAAUCUAUUGGUCUAACCCACCUACUGUUUUGUUUUGAAUAGCACAAACUUUCUUUUCUUCUUUUAACUUUGCAGCUGAGCAUUGCUGUAUGCAUUGGAUUUUUUGCUGCCUGGAGCCCAUAUGCCGUCAUUGCCAUGUGGGCAGCCUUUGGGUCAAUAGAGAGGAUUCCUCCACUAGCCUUUGCUGUACCUGCUGUUUUUGCCAAGUCUUCAACACUCUAUAACCCAGUUAUGUAUCUUAUGCUAAAGCCUAAUUUCCGAAGCACUAUUGCCAAAGAUUUUGCUGUUCUCCAACAAUUAUGCAUCAAAACUUGUUUUUGUCUCAAGCAUGUACAGAGCUGUUCUUACAGAUCAGUUCUGGAAGUCCACUCGAAAUCAUUUAAGGGAAGACAUGAAUCCAGCAGUAACUCCAUGCAGAUAGUAGAAGGAUGUUCUUAUUUUCCCUGUGAAAAGUGCAACGAUACCUUUGAAUGCUUCAAGAACUACCCAAAGUGCUGCCAGGACAGGCUAAGCACCAUGGAACACACACUUCAAGAAAACAUACCCUUGGAAAAUAAAAUUCAAUCGAACGCAAAGCAUGCUUCUGAAAAAUAUGUAAAGGUUGUUGUCCGAGGAGAAAAAAACAGUGAGAUUGAUAGUUUGGAAGUAACAUUAGAAAACAUACCUAUGGAUACUAGGUUUGUCAACCUCUAGAGUAUGUUUAAUCAAAUGCUCCAGGUAAUAAUUUAAUUGCACCAGACUUAACGAAUGUAAAACUUUUCUAAGCACUACCCUAUUUUUAUACAGUUAUUUUUAUUUCCUUAUUACCCAUGGGAGGACGAAGUAAUGCAGCAUAAAUAUGUUUAAAAGUGUAUUUGACUUUCAUCAUGUCCACAACCAUACCUAUGUGCAUUCAGAACAAAUUGUGUACUACUGCAUUUCAUUCGCUUCUGAUUUUUUGAGUUUCAGAACUUAUGUCCUUUGCUUCACAGAAGCAAACCACUUCAUACUUGUGAGGCUUUUCUGCAAAACAUUAAUUCUUCAGAUGCUUGGUAAAUAAAUUUUAUAUGCUGCAUAUUCAUCAAAAAGCUUGGUCUAGGUUUUCUGAGAGCCCUUUCAGAGAGGUAAUGUCCAUUGAACUGUUAAUAGUUCCACAAGGCAUAUGGUACCCCCCCCCCGGAGGCUAUGAACAGUUUUUUUCCAUUUUCAGCUUAGGCUACUGUUCACAGCUCCUUUCUCAUGCAGUUUUCUUUCUAGGAGAGGGAGUGGGAAAUUUUCCUUUCUCUGGUACAUUCCCAUGUUGCUCUUGGAGCACUUACAGUCAGUUCCACUCAUGCAUGAGUGCCCCAGCCUGGCCUUUCAAGAACAAACUUGUGAGGGGCCAGAUGUUUCCUGUAUUUCUGAACUUACAGCAUGAGAAGCAUUAUAAGGCUAUCAUUACUUCUUUCAACGAGGCACCUACAUCUCCCACAACAAAACUCAGAAGCUGAGCCACUUGGGACAAGGUGCAGAAGAUAUUAGCUGCCCCUGGGCUCUAGCCAGGGAAGGAGCUUAUCCACACACAAGAGGAUCACUUUAUACUCUGUCCACCCUAGAACUGGCACCCUGCUCUUAAAAACAUUUUCUGCUACCAUACUUACCUGAAGCAGGUAAUUAGUGUCACUGAGUUGUCAGUGCCUGACCUGAAGACAGAUAGUGCCUGCCCCUCUAAUCGCAAGAAAUUAUUUGGGAAAGGUUGCUCUUGCCAAAGGCCUGCUACUCUUUUAACCUUCUGUCCCUCUCCCCCAUAGCCGUUUUGCUUUGCAAAAGCUGGAGAAGGGGGUGGGAUUAGAGAGAUUUAAAUACAAUAGUGACACAUUCAGACUCUUCAUCUAGGCAAAAAGCAAUAUAAUCAAAUGUAGACGUAUAGGAUGGGGGAUACCUGACUUGACAUGUGAAAAGGACCCCAGGAUUGGAUCUCAAGAUUAUAAACUAUUAGCUGCUGAAAAUGAGUUGAUAAGGUGAUGCAUCUUCAAACAAGGCUAAUAUUCUGCACUAAUCAUACCUCAUCUGGAGUACUUUGUUCAGUUUUGAGUGCUGUGACACAGGAAGGUUGUGGAUGAAUCAGAAAUGGUUCAGAGAAGAAGAAUGGGUGGUUAGAGAUGUAGAAAACAAGUUCUCUCAGAGAAGGUUGAAAAAAUUGGGUAUCUUUAGCAUGAACAAGAGAAGACUGAGAGGAACAUCAAAGAUUCAAAGGACUGAUACAUAAUACUUGUUCUCUGGUGCCCUGGAGGGCAGGACUUAAGGACAGUUUUCAGCUGAACAUUAAAAUAAACUUAACAGUAGGAGCAGUUUGACUGUGGAAUCAGUUACUUGCAGUGGUGAUGGGUUCUUCCUUGUCAGAAGCCUUGAAGGAAAAGCUGAAGGUGCUCUAGGUUUGGAUUUUCUCCAUCAAGCAGGGCUUGGUUAGAUGCUUCACAAGGCCUCUUUGGUUCUAAGAUUCUAUUUGGUAGCCAUUCAGAAUCACCGAGGCAAAUAGAUAAAGAAGUGAAUUUGAUUUAUGGGAAUUGUAGCUCUGGGAGGUAAUGGGACAUCUCCCAACAACUCUCAGCACCUUUAACAAACUACAACUCCCAGAAUUCUUUGGGGGAAAGCCAUGACUGUUUAAAUUGGCAUCACAGUGCUUCAAAUGCAUAGUGUGAAUGUGACCUAGAACUGUGCUGCACCAGAUGAAUAUGGAAAAAUAAUAUCAAUAAAUAC